GGUCGUUAUUAUUCCUGAAGGUCCCUUAUACAAAAUGCCUUUUCCCGCCUUAAGAGAUCCUCGCACGGGAAAGUAUUUAUCAGAGACAAAGCGCAUUAGACUUGCUCCUUCAUUAGCGGCUUUAAAGCACUUUGAAGACUUCCCAACAGACCAAACCAGUGAUGCCAAGCCUUUGAUUAUUGGUGAUCCUUUGGUUGGGAAGGUAAUGAUGGAUGGAGAAGAACGUGAUAUUGAACGUUUGCCAGGUGCAGAAGCAGAAGCAAUCGCAAUAGCUGAUAAACUUCGUUUUAGGCCACUAAUAGGCGAAGCAGCAACAAAGCAGGCUGUCCUAGAGAAACUACAACAAGCAGUAUCUGUUGUUCAUAUCGCUGCACACGGCAGUCUCACUAGAGGUACGAUAGCACUUGCACCUUCUCCUGAGGUAAGAGCAACAAAUAUCCCAGAUGAAGAAGAUUACAUGCUGACCAUGGCGGAUGUACGGGAGACUCAAGUACCUGCACAGCUAGUUGUGUUAAGCUGCUGUCACAGUGGACGGGGUGAAAUCAGAGCUGAAGGAGUAGUURGCAUGUGUCGAGCCUUUCUAGCGUCAGGGGCUCGUGCAGUGGUAGCGUCUCUGUGGGCCAUCCAUGACGAUGCGACACUGGAGUUCAUGGAUAAUUUCUAUACUCACUUAAUGGACGGAAUGAGCACGAGUGCAAGUUUACAGCAAGCGAUGAAUGAAAUGAGGAACUCUUCCGGCUUCAGCGAACCGUAUUACUGGGCACCAUUCUUUCUCAUGGGUGAAGAUGUCACAAUCAAUUUUCAAAGAAUACUGAAAACAUAGCAUAAUGAUGACAUUUUCCAUUCUUAACAUUAUAAUGACAAGUGCUGCCUUAUUUUAGUUCAGAAGACAACUGAUAUAUUUUCAGCUUCUCAUAUCCUCAAAUUUAAAUAUAAGAUAACGUGUAGGAUCAGGUGAUUUUUCCGUGCCCUGUACAAGUGUUAUGGAGCAAGAUUGCCAAUAUAAUAUUUACCAUUCUUAUAGCCACAACUUAAACCAACAUCUGUUUUAAUCAAAACCUAGCCCCACGUAGUGACCUUAUCUUGCCACAAAAUGUAAAUAAGAAAUCAGAUUUAGAUAUAUAUAUAGACGAACCUAGACAGUUCUUACACACACGGAAUCGACUUAACUUAGGAGUUUGUAGGCCGAGUCUAAGACUGUAGUUGUAGUUGAACUGGAAAGCACGGACCUAAGUUAGUACGAAUGGCCUAGUAAGGAAAUCCUUCUAAACCACACCUACUAAGGGAAGUCUUUCUAGUCAGCUUCGAUGCACGUUAGGCUCGUAGCAAACCCCUAGUAUUUGUAAAGCUAACUAGUCUCCUUAAGGACAAGUCGAAUAAAGAGUGGUACUCCAGGCGA